AAAUAUGUUCAAUUCGUCUAUACUAGAAUUAAGAUGGUCUUUGAUGCCUUCGAGCUCGAAUGACCAAUCAAAAAUCUUGCCGGUCCCCUCAUGAAUUAGAACACAAAUCGAGGGAGCUCUCAUUUUCUCUCACAUAUUUCAGUCUAGUAGGCAUAAUUUUACCAAAAGGCUGCAGCGAAGAUGAAAUUCUAUAGGGCCAUCGCGUCCUUUCAGAUGGCGCUUCUCGGCACUGCCUCUGUUGCCGUUGCUCAGCAGUUGAAGCCCAGGCCCAUGCAAACGUACUUUGUGCCAUUGCCCGAAACCGAUAUCUUCUACGAAACCUUCGAUCGGAUCAACGCCAUUGCAACCGCUCCCGUAAUGUCCAUUAUUUCUGUCUCCAUUUCCACCGACAAUACAAUUGUAUGGUACGACGAAUGGGAAGACGACUACGAUCAAAGUGUUGACCAGCCAGGCUCCACCACCAAGAUUUGGGGCGACGGCAUCGCGAGCAACGGUUGCGCUCCGGGUGUGACCCCGUGCACGAACACGAACGACCGACUCCGAGCCGGUCAGGCAAUCAUUCUUGAGAACUGGGUCGAUCUUCCCCGUAACAACAAACAGAUCCGCUUCGACGGUGGUGAUCGAAUCCAGGCAUCGUUUCCGAUCGCUGUGACGCGUGCUCAAUACCCCAAGGAACCAGGGUCGCUUUUGGCGGGGGCGGCGGAAGUGUUCGAUACGAUGCGUUGGGGGCGAGAGUUUGUAGCUCCUGUUGGACAAGAUAUUCGGGGAGCCAACUAUCGAGAUGCUUUCGAAUACACAGCUCUCUACAUGAUGGCAGAAGAGGACGACACCAUCGUGACGCUACCGGAUGGAAGCAAAAUCUUUCUGGACAUGGGAAAGAGUCAUCUCGUCCGAGUGAACAUGGGUGCCAAAAUUAGCGCCGAUCAUAACAUCCAAGUCCACGUUUUAGCCGGAGAUAUUGGCUCCACGUAUGAGAUGCGCUGGUUUGCUCUCGUCCCAGCGGCGAUAUGGUCAAGUGAAUACAUAACCCCAGUGGGAGAUUCCACUGCGGAAACCAAAGUCGUGUGUUACAACGGCGGCACCAGCAGUAUAACUGUUGACUACCAGUAUUUUACCGGUACCACGCUUCAAAGGAAGACCAUGACUUUGGCUCCGAAUACAGUUGGGCAAUCGUUGUUUAUUCCGACUAACUCUGGCGCCAGGUUCAACUCAACAGGCAAGUUCAUUGCUCUUUCCACGAGUGACACGCUGAGCAGCACCAGCGGGCAAAUCUAUGAUUGGGGUUUCCCUGUGAUGCCGCGGAGCCAACUUUCGUCCCAAGUGCUUAUUGGGUGGGGAUACGGAUGUACUGGAAAAGUCUGCGUGGGCGGACAAGGAUCUCGAAGCGUCGUCUGGAUUACUCCCACCGCGAACGCCGAUCUCUACAUCGACUACAACAACGACGGCGUGGUUGACUCGCAGGUGGCGGCGAACUACCUGUCUUCCACAAGAAUUACCGAUACCGAUAAUGACAUGACGGGAGCCAUGAUUUGGGCAACGGUCCGCAACACUGGUCCCUUUGGUACGGCGGUCGAUAUUGCGGCUGCUUGGGGCCAAGAUGGCUCCCACGGAGUAGUGAACCCCGGCGACACCCUUUUGUACACGAUUCGCAUUCAGAAUUUGGGCCAGGUGGACGUCAAUAUCAAUGGAUUGACCAUUAUCAACAACGGCGUCCCGCCUUUGACCACGUACAUCCCCAACUCGGUGUGGUACAAACCAGACGGCGGUGCCGCUCCCAUCAAAGUUCCCGAUAAGACUACGGGGACUCCGAAUCCGUUAGAUGCUGAGGGUAUUCCCAACCCGGUAAAACUUACCAAACGCGGAGGUACACACGAAAUUGUCUUUGCCGUGACGACUCAGGGAACAGUAGAUCGCAUUAUUCCAAACAACGGUUUCAUCGUUCAGUCGGACAACCGUCCGAACCUUCCAUUUGCGGUGGAUAUUCCGUUGGUCGUCCCGACCGCGCAGCCCAAAGUGGCGAACAACAAUAACGGGACCGUGUGUAUUCCGCUGACGGCUCGUCGUGAAGUCCGUCGCCAGCUUCGGGAAGAGGGUCGUCGCGAACGACGUCGUUUAGCCGAAGAGGCCAUUUACGAAGCUUAGAUGACGCCGUUACGUGGGAUGGGGAAAGGAGUAACUGACUUGGUGGAGGAGUGUGGAGUUGGGGAUUC